ACGACCUUGAUGUGCUUUAUGGACGCUUAGUCUUGACCUACUGCGUCGGGUUGUGAUUUUAGAUCGUUGAGAUGACAGCCUAUUUGAUGUGAACUGAGUGAGUGUAAUGCAAUAAAACAUCGACAAAUUUUCUAAUCAGUUUCACAUGAUUCAACCACAUCAUACUGAACAUCAUGAUAACCAGAAACUUCCUUACAAAUCGUUUCAAUCAAAUGAUUGUCAAGUUUCAAAGUCAAUAGAAAGUAGUAAUAAUGAGCAGGUGACGUAUGUAAGUAUUGAUCAAACGAGCAAAAAGUCGUCUGGAAGAUCAUGGGCAAGAAGUAAACGCAUUUCACUUGGAUGUUUUGAAUGGCAUUCACGCGGACCAUUUCGUCAAACUGACAUAGGAUCGUCUAAUCAUUUAAAUUCUGUCAAUCCUACCGGUUCACAUCAUUGCACUGUACACAAUCAAGAAGAUUUCACAUACACAUAUCAAGAACCAUCGAAAGGAAGGCUUAAAUCUGGUGCUGAUAGUCUGUUACAACGUCUACGUAAACGUUCUUUUUCGAGGGAUAAGCAUAAACGUGAUAAUAAAACACAAUAUUGUCGAUCUUCUUCAGCUCCUCGAUCUGUAUACUCAUACCAAAGCUCUGCAGAAUUUGAAAUCAACCAUAUUGAUAAGUAUUCAUUAACACAGAUUAAUAAAUAUAAUAAUUUGUUCGUUCCAAAUUUGAUUCCACAAAUUUCUUUAUCAAGAAGUGUUCCUGAAUUACAAGACCGUAGUUAUGUUCCAUCAGGUUAUUUGGACAAUGGUAUGUCAUAUCAAUGUAAUGUAAUUCCAUCCGAAUUGUAUCCCGAAUCAUCAUCCUAUUUAACAUCAUGUUCUUCAAUGAAAUCAUCUUUUCCUAUUAACAAUGAUAAGAUAAAUGCUAUUGCUACUACUACUGGUAAUAUUAACAAUAAUCUAAUGGAAUUAUCGAACAUUGACAAUUCAUCAUAUACUCUUCCAAUAAAAGAUAAAACUCCAAUUAAUCAUGAAUUAUAUCUUCAAUCAAAUUAUCAAGCAUCUGUCAAUGCUAAUAUAUUACAUGGUAAUUUUGCUAAUUCGUGUACAACAUCGUCAACACCUGCCAUUAUGACAGAUUCAUCUUGUUUGGAGUCUAACUCUGAAUGUGUGGAUAUUCCAAAUGAAAUGAAAUAUUCCGACUCAUUUGUGUUAUUGGACAAGAGACAGCAGUAUCAACCUUUGUAUAAUCCUUUCACCUCUUCUAUAUAUUCAGAAGUUUGUUCCAAAUGCUGUUUUACAUAUUAUAAUAAUAAUGAUAGUAAUAAUAAUAAUCAGAGUACUGUGACUUCCAAUAGUCCAAGUCUACUCGUCAAUUCCUUUAGUUCUUGUGAAAUGAAGCAUUCACCAGGACGCAAAUCUAAUAACUCUCUUAAUGAACAGAUUUCUUAUCCAAAUAUGGUUCAAGUCAAUGGAAACUUUACCACUGGUAAUAAUAAUAAUAAUCAGUUAAUUACUUUGGAUGCACCACCAACACCAAGUCAUCCAAAUAUUCCAAUUGAUCAUAUAUCGAAUAAUAGUAAUAUUGUUGAUCUUGGCCAAACACAAAAUAAUUCAUCUUGUAAUUCACUUCGACCAGAUUCUCUUCUUUCCACGUCAACAACUAUAACAACAACAAGAAGGGAAUCAUCUUGUUCUGACUUAUCACCGAAUUCCAUGUCUUCACAUGAUUCAGCUUUAGGUGGAGGCAAGUUCCAAUCUGACUCUGGACCUCUAAAAACUGUUUGUCCGAAUACAAUCACAACGUCAUCAACUACAAAUUGUAUGAAAAAUAUUGAUCAGUUGAACUACAUGAAAUCACCUGAUAUGUCGACAUGUAUAAAUAAUAACAACAGACAUUUGAAUCCUAAGGAUUUAUAUCCUAUUCCACCACUGUGUGUACCUCCUUCUGGAAAUUACUGCUGUUCUCAUACACCACCUACUCCAGUUAGACGACCAUGGUUAGGCGAUAACUCAGAACAAAUAGCCACUGGAAGAAGUCGAUCUGGAGGACAAAAACGUUCAGUUUAUGUAAAUGCAUCAAUAUAUCCAAUUCCUGAGAUGAUACGUAAUAAUGACAGUAGUGGAAAUAAUUUUGGUGGUUAUGUAAGAGAUCGACAAAAUUCUGCUGACACUGUUACCACAUCCACAAGUUCGAAUCCCGUAAAUGCAUCCACAACAGAAAUUAUCACUACUGUUAGUACUCAUAACAAUGACAAAACUAUGCAAAGUAAUGCAUCUAGUGUACCAAUCCCCUAUUGGACACAUUUAUUACCGUAUCGCACAUCAACUGUACCUCAAAAUUUAUCUGGUCGCUUGAGAAAAUCAGAAACACUUCCAAAUGAUUGGAUAAAUCAUGAGUCGAAUAAAAUUAUAGAUCACGCAAUUCAUUCUAUACCAAAGUCUACAUCAUAUCAACUGAAUACAUUGAAUCAAAAUCAUAACUCACAAUGUUUAAAUCAUUCUGAUGAGUGUAAAUCACGCUCAUAUGUUAAUUAUACUCCUAAUCAUAAUUUUAUAGAUAAUACUAAAAACAUCAAUCGUAGAGAAGCUAAAUCACCACCUCCAAGACCUCCAAUGAGAACUAGUUCACAUGCUGCACCACGCCAGAAUAUUGUCUCAUCAUCAGUAUCUCCAUAUUGCCAUCAUCAUCAUUGUCAGAGACAUUUUGCUUUAGGAUUACUAGAUAAAUCUACUAAAGCCAACAGAGAUGAAAAAUACAGUAAUACUAAUAAUAUACCGGCGGAAAAUUCGAAUGACAAGAGUAUCAGUGAAAGUCCUAUACUUUGUCGAUACUCACAACUUUAUUCUUUGAAAACCGAAGCUAAAAACAGUAACAAUAAUAGUAGUAAUAAUAAUAACAAUAAUAAUAAUAAUGGCAAUGAUAAUAAUAAUCCCAUUAAUUAUAAUUCUUAUUCUCAAUAUACAGCAAUAAACAACAUGACUAGUUCUGCUAUUCAUGCUUCAAAUAAUAAAACAAAUACCCCAUCUCUUCAUCCUCAUCGGUAUGUUCACUAUGAACAACAUCAACAACAACAGUCUUCUACUCAUCGUCAUCAUCAACACCAUCCUCUUCCUGCCCAAUAUCAACAAUGUCAAUCGAAUCCUUCAAAUCAUCAAAGUAAUUAUAAACAAUUAGUUGACUUUGAUAUGAAAAACAUAAGGAAGUAAUCAAGUCCAAUCAUUGUGGUUGAGACCGAAUGAAUUUAUUAGCUUUGAGUCCAAGUCUUAGGUUUGCUUAGUUCACCAUGAAUUUGUUUUUUAAAUCAUAUUUUUUCAAUGACAAAUUUACCACCAUUAAAAAACAACCGAGGAUUUAUAUUAAACCAUCUUAAUACAAAAACAUACUCUUUAACAGACCGGUUAAUUUCAAACUGAAUUGUUCCUUCUCUUACACUUUUCUUUAUCUUUUAUUUCUUCGUGGUUAAAUUUUGUUACUGGUAACAAUUUUCAAUCGAUCUAAAUAACGAAGAACAAAGGUCAACUCAACUGUUUAUAGUAACAUUUUUCAUUUAAACAACAGUUAUAUGGAUAGUGAAAAUAGAAUAAUAAUUGUUACAGUGACUUUAUUCGGUUAUUUUUGAUCAUUGGUUUUUUUUCUAAAGUGAUUUGUUUCAUGUUUAUUUUUCUUUAUCGAUGUAUUUCUUCAUCUACUCAUCCACUCCUAGGUACUUGUUUUUUUUAUGAAACGACUUUUUCUUCCAAAUAGAAUCCUUAAUCUGUCUGUAUCUUAUUCUAUGUAUAUUUUGUAAAUUGGAUACAGUUUGAAUACUACUAUUACCUAUAUUACUAUUUCACAUUAUGACUAGUAAUAUCGUUGUUAUCAUCGUUAGUUUCUAUUAUAGUAUGAUUUGUUUCUGAUUCACUAAGGCUGUGCAAUUAUCCUCAUUUUGUUUAUCAAUAGCAUUCUCUCAUAGGAUGCAUAGACACAUAGUUCACAUGGAUCGACAAUACUUCACAUCCAGGUUGUUUUUGAAUGUUUUCUGUUUGUCUUUUCUUUAUCGUUCUUUGUCCUUUCUUGAUUUUUUUUCUAAUUCAGUUCGCUUUUAUUUUUUAUUGUUAUUGUUACAAUUACUUAGUAUCGUAUAUUGUUUUCAACGGAUUUUUUUAGAAAAAAAUUAUUUUGUAAUAUGCAUGUAUCCAUGUUCGUGUAUACCUGUCAACAUGUGAAUGUUGAAAAUAGUGAUGGAGUUUAUUGUGGCCCCAUUUUAUUGAUAUUCACUGUUUUAAUAUCACGACACAUUAUAUAUUAAACUGUAUAAUCAUGACUUUACUUAUCGGCUUCGUAUUUUCUUUUUGUUUAAAAAAGUUUGAUAAAACUGAAUAUCCCGUCACUACAACCUAUUGAACCUAGAACUUUCCCUUUGAGGUUAACAAGAUAAAGGAUGUGUAGACACUUAGAAAAUUCGAAAUGCAGUUAACUUUCCAUUUAUUUUCGUCUGAAUAAUACUGGAUCCGGAACAAUAACGAUUAUAUAUCAGGACUUUUGUCUAAAUUCGAACAAAUGGUUCCACACUAGUUGGUCGCUAAGUUAAUGUAAUAUAUUAAGGAGGAUGACUUGUUUAGUAUACAGCUAACAGGUGAACCAUGUAUUUAUAUUCGAUAAUUCCGAU